UCUGGAGCCGAAGUGUAUGUAGUGUCCCCCUCUCCACACUUGAUAAAUAGGGAAAAGGCCCAGUUUGCUCCAGCUGAAGAGUUGAAGUAGCCAAAUCUCUCCAUACUCAUUGUGUGAGGAAAAGAACAGUCUAAAUGUUUAAUUCUGAAAGGUCCAGCAUUGUCUGAAGUGAAUGAAGCAGUGGGAACUGGACCAGAGAAUGGCAAACACUUAUGUCACUACAUUUGAUGGGUACUGUCUUGCUGAACCCAUGCAGUACUAUGAUAUUUUGCCAGAACAAACUGAUUAUCAGCUGCACAACUCUGAUUUUCAAGACUCACCUUAUUGCCAAUAUUCUACUGCUCAGUUUCCUCUGGCUUUACAGUCCCAAUCUUUACAAAACCAUUUCAACACCUAUAGCUUGGAUCCACAAUACAGUGGUGAUGGACAGUGUGGACUUGAUUCUUUUGAAUUAAAUAAAACCACAUAUGUGAUUGCUCGCAAUGUCGAAGAUGGAUACCCUGGAAUAAAAAGGUCCAGGACAACUUGUUCUUUGCGAAUGAAGGGACAGGAAGAACUCUGUGUAGUUUGUGGUGAUAAAGCCUCGGGAUAUCAUUAUAAUGCACUUACUUGUGAAGGUUGCAAAGGUUUUUUUCGACGCAGCAUCACCAAAAAUGCAGUAUAUAGUUGCAAGAAUGGUGGUCAUUGUGAAAUGGACAUGUAUAUGCGUAGAAAAUGUCAAGAAUGCAGACUGAAAAAGUGUAAGGCAGUAGGAAUGUUGGCAGAAUGUUUACUCACAGAAAUCCAAUGUAAAUCAAAGAGGCUUCGAAAGAACUUUAAGCAGAAUAAUAGUUUUUACUAUAACAUUAAAGUGGAAGAGGAAGGAGCAGACAACAAACUUGUAUCAUCCACCACUAGAUCUGGAAAAAUGACUCAGGAGAGUAUGGAACUAACUCAAGAGGAACAUCAGCUUAUUAAAAACAUUGUGAUUGCACAUAAAAAAUAUAUUAUUCCUUUGGAGGAAACAAAGAAAUUUCUGCAGGAAUAUGCCAAUCCUGAAUUGAGUUUUUUACAACUCUCAGAGAUAGCCAUUCUACAUGUACAGGGGCUGAUGGAUUUUACCAAGGGACUUCCAGGAUUCGAAAAUUUGACCAGCGAGGAUCAGACUGCAUUACAGAAGGGAUCAAAAAUUGAAGAGAUCUUCCUUCAUAUGGCCCAACUUUACAAUCAGACAGUAUCAACCUCUGAAAGUACUAUGAGACUAUCAAAUCAUUCAGCUCAUACAUUGAAUGGUCACAAUCAGAGUGGUGAUAGAAGUGUUAUUUAUUCUAUGGACAAAUUUUGCAAUGAAGACUGUCCUGCUACUCUAACUGGUAUUACUGAAGAAUUUAUUACCUCAUUGUUUUACUUCUACAGAAGAAUGAGUGGACUUUACAUAACUAAUACUGAAUAUGCUUUACUUGCAGCAAUGGCUGUGCUUUUUUCAGAUCGUCCAUGUCUUGAAAAUAAGCAACAUGUGGAGAAUUUACAAGAACCAGUUUUACAAAUUUUGUAUAAAUAUUCAAAAAUUUACCAUGCAGAAAACCCACAGCAUUUUGCUCAUCUCAUAGGGAGGCUAACUGAACUGAGAACUCUGAAUCACAACUACUCAGAAAUACUUAGCACUUGGAAAACAAAAGACCCCAAAUUGACUAAUUUAUUUUCUGAGAAAUGGAAUAUGUAGUCAAGUCACACUGUUGAAAUUUUAGAAUGUUCUGGUUUGUCUUAAAUUUUCUAUAUCUAAAUUGGAUGAUUGUUUGAAAAACAUUAACAUGACUGCUAUGUUACCAACAUAUCAUCAUAAAAUGGAUAUCACCAAUGCUCAUCAAGUUUUGUGGAAUCCUAUCACUAAAUGGACACCUAAAAUUCAAGAUUGGACUCAAAACAAGGAACUAUUAUUGCUUCUGCAUGGUUUCUCCAAAAGGAAAUGUAAGAGUUAUCAUCUGAAGAAACUAUUUUUUUCAUUUAGUUGAAAAUAUGUAAUUUAUAGACAUAAAAAAGGCUAUCUAGUGAAAACAAUUGUAAUUAUAAGGAGGCAAUUGGUGACCUUCAUUAAGUAAGGCCAGAUUGAUGGAAUAAGACAUUUUAAGGUCUUUAAAAGAGGUUUUUAAUAAGCCAAAUUGGAAAAUUUGUGAUGAAAGAUACUGAAAAAAAAAUCAAGAGAACAGAUCUUUAAAAUAUUUUAAUAAAAUUGGGAAAUUUAUCAUGAUUUA